AUGACAUCGAUCUCGUACAUCGAAGCGGGCAAAAAUGUCUUUGUCGAAUGGCCACUGGCCGAGAACGUCACCAAAGCCAACGAAUUGGCCGAGCUCGCAAAGCAUAGCGGUUCGAAGACCAUCAUUGGACUGCAAGGACGAGUCGCACCAGCAGUACUCAAACUCCGAGAAAUUCUUGAGGAAGGUGAGCUGGGCAAGGUUCUGAGUAGUUCUGCUCAAGCCCACUCGCUCUUGGCCAGAAGGGAUGCUAUCGGAGAAGGCCUUGCGUAUUUUCUGGACACGAAAAUCGGUGGGAAUCCGAUCACGAUUGCGGUUGGGCAUACCAUUGACUACAUUCACUCGGUUCUGGGAGAGUAUGAAAGUAGCAACGCUCUCACACAAAUUCAGCGUCCUGAGAAGACCAUUGACGACCCGGAAACUGGAAAGACGCGUUCUUAUACUAGUGAUGUGCCAGAUCUGCUUGCUCUACAUGGGACGUUGAAGAGUUCGAGUGUUGUGCAAGCAGGUGCUAGCCUCACAGUGAACUUUCGCCUUGGCCCUCCUUUCCCAGGCACAGUGCCUUUCAUCUGGACGAUCAACUGCGAAAGAGGCGAAAUCCGCAUCUCAAGCGAGCGAGGACCAUUUUUGCAAGCCAGCUCAAGCGAGUCCCCAGUCCCGAUAGAGGUACAUUAUCAUGGAACUGACGAAGUCAAGACACUCGAGUGGCAGUGGGAAGAUUGGCAGGAGUCAUUGCCAGCUGUUAGUCGAAGUAUUGCCAAGCUCUACGAUCUUUACAGCGAAGGGCGUUUGGAGGAAGUCUCAAACGCUACUUUCGCAUCGGCUGUGAAUCGACACAAGCAGAUCGACAAUAUUUUGUAUGGAGCUUAG